AGCUACGUCCUGUAGCCUGUUAUGGAAGAAAGGGGAGCACAAGCGGGGGGCUGUCUGACUGAGGAGCACUGGCAGGGAUUAGCUCCGAGACGCGAUUUGGGAAGAUAGCGCUACAUACCGGAAGCUUGGGAAGCGUCUUCCUUGGCUCAAAACACAAGCGAGAGCUAGAACCACGAAGUCAGCGCAGACUCCAGCAUGGGGCCACCAGCCGGAGAGGACCGGGCAGCGGCGCCAGGGGCAGCGGCAGCCCUCGGCCACAACGCUUAGGCUUCGCGGCAGCAGGCGAACCUUUUACGGCGGCCACAGUCUGGGCGCGCGGAAGACACGGGGAUCUUUGUGGCUGUUUUUUUUUUUUUUCACGAGACACAACUAGGGCUUUCUCGUCGCUCUGCCGCCGUGACAGCACCCCGUUUGCCUGGCUUCGAGUGGCCAACACGGUCCCGGAAUCUUAUGGACUCCCUACAAUAGUUCUUUUUUAAGCUUUUCUUUCUUCUCUGCCGCUCUCUUUGACGGACGCGGCAGUCAUGUUUGCCGUGCGGAUAGUCACCGCGGACUAUUAUCUCGCAAGUCCCAUUAAGGGCCUGGACGUGUGUUACUCUGACUUCAGGGAGAGUGCAGUGAAGAAGGUACCGGUGGUGCGGAUAUUUGGAGCAACCCCAGCAGGUCAGAAGACAUGCCUCCACCUCCACGGUGUGUUCCCAUACAUCUAUGUGCCAUACGAUGGGUGCGGACAGCAGCCAGAGCGCUACAUGCGGCAGGUGGCCUUCAGCAUCGACAGGGCCCUCAACGUUGCCAUGGGAAACCCCGCUGCCAGCACCCAACACGUCUUCAAGGUGGUGCUGGUCUCUGGCACGCCUUUCUAUGGUUUUCAUGCCAAGGAGAAGCACUUUAUGAAGAUCUACUUGUACAAUCCUCAGAUAGUGAAAAGAGUGUGUGAGCUGUUACAAAGUGGAGCCGUGAUGAACAAGAGUUAUCAGCCUCAUGAGGGCCACAUCCCCUACCUGCUGCAGCUCUUCAUGGAUUAUAACCUGUAUGGCAUGAACCUGAUUAACAUGGGAGCCGUCAAAUUCCGCAGGAACCAUAACAAAGAAGGAGCGUCUGCAGACCCAGAUCGAACAUCUUCUAGCUCUCAUCCUAGCAUUAGCCCCUGGAAGAGCCCCUGUACUACCAAGCUGAACGACAGCAACCUUGCAGGCACCUUUGUCCGCUGGGAGGAGAACGCUCUACCCUGCUCUUUAGUUCUGGAUGAUGUUGAGAGGCAGAGCACCUGUGAGCUGGAGGUGGAUGCUGUGGCUGUAGACAUCCUUAACCGCCUUGAUAUUGAAAAUCAGAUAGGCAGGAACCCCGGAAUCCAGGCUAUAUGGGAGGAUGAGAAGCAGAGGAGGAGAGAGAACAAUCAGACCUCCCAGAUUGAAACCCCUGACUCACAAGAUCGUGGCUCAGUCACUUCAACGGACAGCGAGAAAACCUUCAUGAAGAGACUGAAGGAGAUUCUGAGGGAGAACAAGUUUGAUGUGACACAAGAUGUGAGUGCGGAUGAUGAACAGGAUAGUAUUUUGGCUGAACUCACGCUGCAUUCUGACCACCUGACCCCCGACGAGCUGCCAUGCACUGCUGCUAACGCUGUGGAGGUGCACAGGGACUCACAGCCUGGCUCAUUGAGGAGCAGUGGAAAAGUCCCAGAGGAGGCUGUUGUUGAUGAAGAGGCCAUCUUAAGCCUUCUGGAAAACAGUCAGACUUUUCUCCCACUUUCGCAGACCUCCAACCAUUCACCCCUCUUCGAAAGCAGUCAAGAUCACGCCCUCAUUGACUUGCUGGCAGGCCUGGAAGACGAUGGUUUCCACAGGACUCCACUAAGGCAGAGCUCUCAGUCUUAUUCACUCCCUGGUGCAACAGCCUACCACUGUAACAGUGAUGAAGAGGAAGCCGGGCCAGAGCUAGAGAAGGAAGAGGCGGAGCUCAGUCUGAUAAUGUCACAGCGGUGGGACAGCGAACACAAUGGGAGAACAAACCCGUCCAGGCCUGGAGUUAGGGAGGCAGAGGACGGCUUCAGUGAUGAGCAGCAGGAGUCCUCUGACGAAGACAUGGAGUGGACUGGGAAUCACUCCCUGUUUGCCAAGCUAUCCAUCCCACAGCUGGACGGGGCAGCAGAUGAAAGCAGCGAUUCUUCCUUAACAGACACGGGCUCCAUGUCUCAGUCCUCGCUUACAGUUACAGAAAAGUUGUUGGGGAAAACAAAUCCUUGCACAGGAGAGACCGUUCACCUGGAGCCGCCUUCGUCGGCUAAGAUCCUGCUGUGCAAGCAUCCUGAGCACAGGCCAGUUCACGUGCUGGACAUGGAGGAACAACAUGAAAACCCCUUUCAGUUAAAAAGAAGCCAGGACGCCACGAGUGAAUGUUCAGCAGGGUUCAGGGUCAAUAAAGAAAUCCCGUACAUCUUGCCAGUAAAACACCCAAUUUCUUGCAAAAUAGCCAAUCCCUCUGAGGUGUCUCCUAUUUGCAUAGACAAAGAGGACAUCCGACCCAUGUACGCAUAUAACAAGAAAAGCUCCAAACCUGUGGAUAAGGCGGAUCUCGAAGGUUUCCCUUUUGGUAGUAGAAAGGUGUCAAAAAACAGGAAAAGGUACAGCAGCCAAGAGACUGUAGAAGCUAACCGUUUGUCCAUUUUUCAGAACCACAGCACCAUCUCCCUUUGUUACUCAGACCUCAGAACCUGUUCUGCUAAGACAGAGCUGGAAUUGAGCACGAAGGAGAGAAAAAGCCCGACCCUGGCGAGCAUCACCUCAACCCCAUCUCUCAUGAAGGACGGCGAGUUCAUCGAUCACAGAGAGGAAGAAAUGGCCCAGGAAAGUGAGGAAGGAGAUGUUGGGGAACUCAAAAUCAGAUAUGAAGACUACCAGGAAAAUAAAACUGAGAGGACUAUUGUGGCACAGCAGGAAGCACAUUACAAGUUCUUCCCCAGUGUUAUUCUCUCCAACUGUCUCAACAGAAAGAAAACGGGAAAUAAAAAGCCGGCUGAGGCCUGCAAUACGCCAGAACUGUCCCCGCCUUGCAAGAUAAAGCUAAAACCUCCUAAAAAGAGAUUAGGAAUAGCAGGACACAGGAACAAAGCAGCAGUAGCUCAAAGUCCGACCUCUGACAGUCCAGUCAGCACUGACCUUCCUUUAGUAAUACCUGCUGUUAACCAGACAAACACAGAGGGGCCCGUUUCCAAUGAUCAACCAAAAUCACAGCCUGAGUUAAAUGAAGACGAGCCAAAUAACGAAGGUGAGCCUGUCAUAAACCGAGAGUUGAAUAGUGAGGAUAAGACUGUCAAUGAACAGAUAGAACCAGUCUCAGAGGCUGCUGUCUCCAAGUCCACCAUUGCUUCCUCUGUUUGUGAAGAAACCAAAGCCGCAGCAGAGGAUAGUCUGAGCCUUGAUCCACAGUUAUCUGCUAAAGUUAGCUGUACUAAAACAUCAGCACUGCCGGGAAGUAAAUAUACACUGAGGGCCAAACGGAAAAUGAAUUUUGAUGGUGAUAAUGAAGACCAUCAAACUUCCACUCGUACUAAAAAUGCUAGCAAGGUUUCAAGGUGGCAGGAGACCAAAUACCAGAAAAGACGCAAAAGAGAACCUCCUGUAAUUAUCAAGUACAUAAUAAUCAACAGGUUCAAAGGACAGAAAAACAUGUUGGUGAAGAUGUCCAAAGUGAAUGUGGAGGAGCAGCUGGUGGUGUUGACUCCAGAUAAAAUGGAGCAUUACAAUAAACUGGCCCCUCUCAAGAAUUUCUGGCCUAAGGUGCCAGAGUCCACUGCUGUCAGGUUUCCCCUCAAAGAUUCCAAAGCCAAGAAGUCGCCCAAACGAAAAGCCAAGGUCAACAGUACAAGUAAGAAAAUGAUCAGCAGCUCUCCCAAAAGGCCUCAAAUCAAACGAGGUGAAAGGACGAAAAGGAGUGCGGUCCGUCAGAGACGCCCAGUCCUGCCCUCUCUGCCUCCACCUCAGCCAUCUUACUGCGAGCUGGCAGACGACCUUGAGAAAGAGUAUGCUGAUGUCAUGGUAGAAUUGGGUUAUCUUUCUGAAAGGUCCCCUAGCCCCGCAGAUUCAACACCCCCACGGUGCUGGUCCCCAAGUGAACCUUUUCUCAACAGUUCAGAGCAGCUGAUGGAUCCACUCAGUGACCCUUGUCUCAGUUCUGCUAUUCAAAAGCCUCGUGCAAAGUCAGUGACUAAAAGAGCCCAAAGUAAAAGACGGACAGCCAAACCUAAGACGUCCACAGACUCCAGAAGAAACGUAAGCAAGUCUGCUGCUAAGCUCUCAGAGGCACAAGAGCCUGAAAAGGAGAAAUCAAGAAAAAAUAAUGCUGCUGCUCCAAGGCAGAGAAAGAAAGCUAAAGAUGUUACUAAUAGUCCUGCAACAUCUCCAGAACCCAGAAGGUCCCGCAAAAAGAAAACCGACAAACCUAAAAGGGAUGAUUUAUGCAAAGAAGACUCCCAGCUGUUAUUCUCUGACGUCGGCUCCGCUCCUUCAGAGAGUUCCUCUCAAGAAGUUCCUUCGUUUCAGCAGCCAUUAGAAACCGGUGACACCAGCCAGAGCAGGACAUCAACUUGCAUUGUAUCAAUGCCUGCCUCAGCCCGGUCUGUUGAACCCAAGGCUGAGGACCUUGAGACCUCAAUCAUGGAAGUGAACCAAAGCAUGUUGGCACCUGUUGAGAUGAAGCAGCAGGGUUGUCAGACCACUGUGGUGAAAGCUGAAUUCUGUCCAGAGGAGUGCACUCCUCCUCAGCCUCUGGCAGCUGUUCAGCCCUCGCUGGGAAACUCUAAAGACCCCCAGAAAGAUAAUGGUUCUACCCCCCCAGCUCCUAAAAACGGGGAGGUGCCUCCUCUCUCUGAGGCGACCUCUGGCCUGGCUGUCCUCAAGCAGCUCCUCCAGAAGAGGCAGCAGGGUCAGUCCCUUCCUCUGCAAGUGGUUGGGACAGACAGCCAUGCUGCUGCCAUAGCUCAGGCUGCAGCGCUGCUAAGCCCCUCAGCUAAACACGCAAAAUCCAUAAGAACCCCUUCCACCGCUCCCCGGAAACCCCGGGCCCCAAAGUCUACCACUCCAAAGGAGAAAAAGCCCAGAAACAAGAGAGGCAGGACGAGCAGUACUCAGCCAAGUACAGCAGAGAAGCAGGACGGCAGUGUGUCCGAUGACUACCUUCUCUUCUCCUCUGCACCAAGCCUAGAAAGCUGCAACUUCAUAGAGGACAGCUUGUCACCAGAGCUCCCGCAGGCCUACACCUUCGAUAUAAACACUAUCCAUCAGGCCGAGUUCUCCAGUCCAUACAGUGGCAAUCAGUUUGUUUUGACUGAUAAAAACUUACCCGUCAAGUUCCUCAGUGACGCCUGUCAGGAAGCUUCAUCUGCUAAGACGCAGGGCUUAGAUCUUCCUGAGGGCCAAGCCAAGCGGGGCGCUGACACGUGCAAAGCCAGGCCUGCCAGCCCCGAACUCUUUGACAGGUCAGGGAAUGGAGAGCCUUCAUCAAAGCUGGCCACGCUUGAUUCUGAGAAUGAAAGACAAACAGAGUGGGACCUCUCUUUCUGUAGAUCCCACAUCCUCAGCCCUUUUCAAGACUUUCACUGUGAGAGAAAAGAGUUUCUCUUUUCAGCCUUCGACCCUGUGAUACCUUUGUCUUUAAGCUCGGUGUCGUUCGUCGAUCAGGAGGGCUCGCCAUCAAGCGAACUUCAAGAGAGCAUUGAUGGACUUAUGUCCACCACCCCCAGCAGCUCCCCUCACUCCAUCAGUUCGCUGUCACAGGUGAGGGCAAGCCAGCUCCAGCGGGGGGCUGCAGGUGGAGCCCAUAUUCUCAAGCCACUCAUGUCCCCUCCGAGUCGGGAGGAGAUCCUCAGCACUCUGACGGACCUGGAGAUGUCGGAAGCCACUUUCCAGGAACCCUUCUGCAGCAAUCCCUCUGACAUCCCGGCCAAGCCAAUGGAGGUUGGGGGCCGUAAGCUCACAGUUGGGACCAGGUUAGUGAAGGAGCUCGAAGAGUUUGGAGGAGACUUGUCUUUGGAGGGCCUCCUUUUCUGGAAGACCGCCUUCUCCGUCAUGACGCACCCCGCCGUCCCCAUCGUCUCGUCUCAGGGAGCAGUGGCCUUGGAGACAAAAGAAGAAAAGACUGAGCUUUCCGCACCCUCAGCCAAAGACAAGAAGGUCAUCCUUCUCCCCUGCAGAAACCCACCGAGCCGUGAACGCGUGCAGCUGUGGCUGGAAGCCAGGAAACAGUACGAAGGCCUACAGAAAGAGAGGAGAGAGACGGGGAAGGAGAGGGACCAGACUGAUGUGGAGCAGGAGAACGCUGAGAGAACUGAGCUGCCAGUUGUUUCCAGAUGCCCCUCAGUGAUGGUUGAACAUUUUGGGAACAUUUCCAGCACGAGAACUCAAAGGAGAAAGAAACUCAACCUCUCUUUAGUCUUGUCUCCUCUGCUGAAAGCAGGUUCUCAGUGUAAAUCCACAGAAGUCAGUCCGGUUUCUGAUGAGAGCAGUGUGAGUCUUGAGCCUGAGGAAAAAGACGAUGACGACUCUUCUAAAACAACUUCUCCAGAAUCCCCAGAGCUGCCUCCGUGGCAGGACUCUCAUCGACUGAGCCCAUCUGCACCUGACCGUGUCAGCAAUGAGAAGCCAUGUGAAAACUCACCAGCACCGCUGUCACCCAGGGUCACGACUUCACAGGAGAGGCUUGAAGAGGAAAGGUCUCCAUCUCCUUUCCAUAGCUUUGACAGGGAUGGUGGGAGCAACAGUCCAUAUCUGCUACACAGCACCCCUUUCUUAAGGAAAAGGCAGAGGAGCACGGAAGACCUGGAUCCCGUCUGCAGCACACCCACUAGUGACAAAGAUCCUGUUUCUCCAAGACUCCAGCAUAGAAGAAGAAGCCAGGCUGAUCCUUUAAGAAGAGUUUUACUCACCACACAAAUGAAGAACCAGUUUGCUGCUAUAAAUGUGCCAAAGAAAGAACAGUCUCAGAUUGAAGGGCCCAGCAUCGCCAAUUCAUAUGGCUUCAAAGUCAGCAUGCAGAAUCUGCAGGAUGCAAAAGCUCUGCAUGAGGUCCAGCACCUAACGUUAAUGGGAAUGGAGCUCCAUGCCAGAAGCCGGCGUGACCUGGAACCUGACCCAGAGUUUGACCCCAUAUGUGCCUUAUUCUACUGCUUCAGCUCCGAUGCACCCCUGCAGGGCGUAGACAGCACUCAGCUGACAGGUGCCAUCAUGGUGGACAAAGACCAUCUCAGUUGUGGCCAAGGUCGCCGAGCAACAGCGCCGCUGCUAGUCCGGUCUGGCGUCUCCGGGCUACAAAUUAGCUAUGCCAGUGAGGAGAAGAUGCUGUUUCAGGAGCUCAUCGCUAUCAUGAGAAGGUUUGACCCGGACAUACUGGUGGGCUACGAGGUUCAGAUGCAUUCCUGGGGCUACCUGCUUCAGCGGGCUGCUGCGCUUGGAGUGGACCUUUGCCAGCAGCUGUCCCGAAUCCCAGGUGACUCCAAGGAAAACCGCUUCGCUGCUGAGAGAGAUGAGUACGGAGCCGACACCAUGACUGAGAUCAAUAUCAUCGGCCGCGUCACACUUAACCUGUGGAGGGUGAUGAAGACCGAGGUGACGUUGAACAACUACAGCUUUGAGAACGUGGCCUUCCAUGUGCUCCAUCAGCGCUUCCCUCUCUACAGCCCCCGAUCACUGUCUGACUGGUUUGACCACAUCACAGACCUGUAUAGGUGGAAAAUGGUGGAUCAUUAUGUGAGCCGUUUACACGGCACCAUGCAGCUCCUGCAGCAGCAAGACAUCAUCGGCAGAACCAGUGAGCUGGCCCGACUCUUUGGAAUUCAGUUCCUUCAUGUUUUGACUCGAGGAUCCCAGUAUCGCGUUGAGUCCAUGAUGCUCCGUGUGGCCAAGCCCCUGAACUACAUCCCUGUGACGCCCAGCGUGCAGCAGCGAGCCCAGCAGAGGGCGCCACAGUGCAUCCCCUUGGUGAUGGAGCCUGAGUCCCGCUUUUACAGCAACUCUGUGGUGGUGCUGGACUUCCAGUCGCUGUAUCCCUCCAUCAUCAUCGCAUACAACUACUGCUUCUCUACGUGCCUCGGCCAUGUGGACAGCCUGGGAACGCCUGAUGAGUUUAAGUUUGGCUGCACCUCUCUGCGGGUUCCUCCUGAGCUCCUCCACCAGCUCCGUAACGACAUCACUGUGUCCCCAAGUGGCAUCGCCUUCGUCAAGUCGUCGGUGCGUAAAGGCGUCCUGCCCAGCAUGCUGGAGGAGAUCCUCAACACGAGGAUCAUGGUGAAGCAGUCCAUGAAAAACUACAAGCAGGACAAGGCCCUGAUGAGGCUCCUGGACGCCCGGCAGCUCGGGCUCAAGCUCAUCGCCAACGUCACCUUCGGCUACACCUCAGCAAACUACUCUGGUCGCAUGCCCAGCGUGGAGGUGGGAGACAGCAUUGUCCACAAAGCCAGGGAGACCCUGGAGAGAGCCAUCAAGCUGGUCAAUGACACUAAGAAGUGGGGAGCACGUGUUGUGUAUGGAGACACAGACAGCAUGUUUGUCCUGCUGAAAGGAGCCACCAAGGAGCAGGCCUUCAAGAUCGGCCUGGAGAUCGCUGAGGCCGUCACUGCAGCCAACCCCAAACCUGUCAAGCUGAAGUUUGAGAAGGUGUAUCUGCCCUGCGUGCUGCAGACAAAGAAGCGCUACGUCGGCUACAUGUACGAGAGCCUGGACCAAAAAGAGCCCACGUUCGAUGCCAAAGGCAUAGAAACAGUGCGCCGCGAUGGGUGCCCCGCUGUUUCCAAGAUCCUGGAGCGCUCCAUUAAGCUGCUGUUUGAGACGCGAGACAUCAGUCAGGUGAAGCAGUUCGUGCAGCGUCAGUGUGUGAAGGUUCUGGACGGCCGGGCUAGCAUGCAGGACCUGACCUUUGCCAAGGAGUACCGAGGCAGCGGCUCGUACCGGCCCGGAGCCUGCGUGCCCGCUCUGGAGCUCACCAGGCGCAUGAUGGCGUAUGACCGUCGGCUGGAGCCCCGCGUGGGGGAGAGAGUCCCCUAUGUGAUCGUGUACGGGAUGCCCGGCGUGCCCCUCAUUCAGCUGGUGCGCCGGCCCAUGGAGGUGCUGCUGGACCCCAGCCUGCGCCUCAACGCCACCUACUACAUCAGCAAGCAGAUCCUGCCGCCGCUCGGCCGCUUGUUCCAGCUGAUUGGAGUGGACGUCUUCAGCUGGUACCAGGAGCUCCCCAGGACCCAGAAAGCCUCGUGCCCGUCCGGGGUGGCUGGAGAGGAGCCCACUGGGAGGAAGGGAACCAUUUCCCAGUAUUUCACCACGCUUCACUGCCCCGUGUGUGACGAACUGACCCAGCUGGGGGUGUGUUCGCGGUGCCGAGCCGACCCCCAGCGAGUGGCUGUGACCCUGUACCAGGACAUGAGGCAGUGGGAGAGUCAGCAGGAGCAGCUGCUCAAGAUCUGCAGGAACUGCAGCGGCUGUGCUGAACGCCAGGUGCCCUGCGUGUCCCUGGACUGUCCCGUCCUCUACAAGCUGUCCCGGGUCAACAGGCAGCUCUCCAGGGCCCCCUACCUCAGACAACUGCUGGAGCAGUUCUGAUUGGCUCCUGAACACCCAAACUGAUCUGGUGCUAACCGCUGACGCUUCUUUUAGUUUAAACGGUGCUUUGAUGAAACGCUACUAUUUGUUUUUAUCCUUCUUGUAUUGAACACUAACUUAUUACAGAGUUAGUCAGUCAUGCUUGUUUACUGCCACCUCCACAAGCUGCGGAGUGAAGCUGGCGUCUGCAUAACGUCUGCAGGUGAACCGAGUGCGGUGGGAUCCGCUGCAGUUUCUAAGCUCCUCUACCCAGACAACUGGCUUUGAACCACUAACUGACUUGACUUGUGGCGUCUGGUAAAUAUUUCCUGUACAGGUCCUUCUGCAGCCUCGCUGUGCGUUAGCAUGAAAACUGAAGCUUCAGCCAUGAAUGCAGUCAACUGUUUUUAUGCAUUCUGUUCAAAGGGUGCCAUGUUUCUUCUGAUUGUACUCAUGAUGGUGUUUUAAGCAGAUCUGACCUGAUGCAUCACACUUCAGAGUAUGAGAACUGGAAAUCCACUUCUUUUCAAUCUGGGGCUGUUGCAAUACUGUAUUAUAAUUAGUCAUGAACAUUACAUUUCUUUGCACACACGGUUCCAGUUCCCUGUGCCAACUUGUUUCAGACUACAUCCCAUACAGCCGUGCACAUGUUCUGUUUGUAAAAAUGUACAAAAAGGAAGAUAUUGAAGGUGUUUUUGAUUGUUUUUAAUUGACGUUGCUGUGGGUGGAGGUUUGAGAUUGAUAUAAUAAAAAAAUCUGUAUUCAUAAA